AUGAAUACAACUGAAUUCAGUCAGUUAAAUGAUUAUCAUGACUUAGCAAAAUGUUUAAAAUCAGAAGUUAAAAAGAUUGAUAUCAAAACAUCUUCAGAUGAAAAGAAUAUGAAUUUAUUCAGUUUACAAAGAUUUUUGAAAGAAUUUAUAAAUAAAAAUUUGAAUCAUUUAAUUAUGUGA